CCUACUACACACACAUACAGUACAUAGAAGAAAGUGUGUUUUUGUUGUUUGUGUCUUGCAGACGUCCAGCAGCUGAUCGGUAAUCCAGAAGAAGUUUCCCCUCAGUUAGGGGGGAGCUCCACUUUGAAGCAGGAGACUCCACAACCACCCUGCAUUAAAAAGGAAGAGGAGGAACUCUGCAUCACUCAGGAGGGAGAGUGUCUUCUAGGACGAGAGGAAGCUGAUUACACCAAGUUUCCACUGAGUAUUUUCUCUGUGAAGACUGAAGAUGAUGAAGAGAAACCACAAGUAGACAACCUCUUAGCUCUACUAUCAGAUAGUGAGGCUGAAGACGAGGUUGAAGAACGUUUGAGCAGCGAUACAGACUGUGAAGGGGAUAUGAGGACUCACACUGACAACAAACACUCUGAAUGCUCUACAAAGAAGAGAGGCGUCCAGCAGCUGAUCGGUAAUCCAGAAGAAGUUUCCCCUCAGUUAGGGGGGAGCUCCACUUUGAAGCAGGAGACUCCACAACCACCCUGCAUUAAAAAGGAAGAGGAGGAACUCUGCAUCACUCAGGAGGGAGAGUGUCUUCUAGGACGAGAGGAAGCUGAUUACACCAAGUUUCCACUGAGUAUUCUCUCUGUGAAGACUGAAGAUGAUGAAGAGAAACCACAAGCAGACAACCUCUUAGCUCCACUGUCAGAUAGUGAGGCUGAAGACGAGGUUGAAGAACCUUUGAGCAGCGAUACAGACUGUGAAGGUGAUAUGAGGACUCACACUGACAACAAACAUUCUGAAUGCUCUUCAAAGAAGAGAUGUAAAAAAUGUUUGAGCUGCUCAGUUUGUGCUAAAAGCUUUUCUGUUAAGAGGUAUUUGACUGAACACAUGAGAACACACACAGGGGAAAAACCAUUUAAUUGUUCAGUUUGUGGCAAAAGUUUUUCUCAAAAUAGCCAUUUGACUCGACACAUGAGAACACACACAGGAGAAAAGCCAUUUAAUUGUUCAGUUUGUGGCGUAUCCUUUUUUCAAAAUAGCCAUUUAACUCUACACAUGAGAACACACCCAGGAGAAAAAACAUUUAAUUGUUCAGUUUGUGGCAAAAGCUUUUCUGUUAAGAGGAAUUUGACUCAACACAUGACAACACACACAGGAGAAAAUUCAUUUAAUUGUUCAGUUUGUGACAAAAGCUUUUCUCGAAAUAGCUCUUUGACUGAACACAUGAGAACACACACAGGUGAAAAACCAUUUAUUUGUUCAGUUUGUGGCAAAAGUUUUUCUCGAAGUAGCCAUGUGACUCAACACAUGAGAACACACACAGAUGAAAAACCAUUUAAUUGUUCAGUUUGUGGCAAAAGCUUUUCUCAAAAUAGCCAUUUGGCUCAACACAUGAGAACACACACAGGUGAAAAACCAUUUAUGUGUUCAGUUUGUGGCGAAAGUUUUUCUCAAAAUUGCCAUUUGACUCAACACAUGAGAACACACACAGGUGAAAAAAUAUUUAAAUGUUUAGUUUGUGGCAAAAGUUUUUCUCAAAAUUGCCGUUUGACUCUACACAUGAGAACACACACAGGUGAAAAAACAUGUAACUGUUCAUUUUGUGGCAAAAUCUUUUAUCGAAAUUUGUCUUUGACUCAACACAUGAGAACACACACAGGUGAAAAACCAUUUAACUGUUUGAUUUGUGGUGAAAACUUUUCUAUUAAGAGCCGUUUGACUGAACACAUGAGAACACACACAGGUGAAAAACCAUUUAGUUGUUCAGUGUGCUGUAAAAGGUUCACACGUAAUGCAGACGCAGUAAAACACAUGAGAACACACAAGGGAAAAUAACCAAUUAGCUGUUUAGUUUGUGGUAUGUUGCUCAUUUGUGCCGACAUCCACCCUACCUAGGACCUCCUCACUGCUUCUUUCACAAAUAUCUGAGGUAUUCAUACAAACUUGGAUUAUUUGGAUCAUAAUCUUAUCUACUCAUGACCCCAUGUCUUCUCUGUAUCUGAAACCUUCCUGAACAGUAAGAUAGAUGAUGCUUCAAGUGCUUGGUUACUCCUUCUUCAGUCCAGGGACCUGGGGCCUCAUGUGUCAAGUUUGUGCACGCUCAAAAACCUGCACUACACCCUUUUUCACUGCAAAGUUGAGAUGUAUCAAAACUGAUGUUGACGCAUAAGUGAUGCUGGGUAACUGUUUGCAUAACAAACUGCCAACUUUUACUCCUCAGACUGAUUGAUGUGCAAAUCAGAGACAUAAGAACAAUGAACCCCCAACACCCACAACCCAACCCCCACCUCCCUCGACAUUCGGGCAUAACAGGUUCAAUCCGGCCCGCGAGAUGAGUUUGCAAAGUUUAAAAUUCAGCUGCAUUUUUUUAGAAAAUAAACUGCUGUUCUAAAUGUGUCCACUGGAUGUCGCAAUAACAAUUCUUUUAGACAAGCAAAUAGUUUAUACCGGAGCGAGCAAGUAUACCAAGCAAGAGGUACACGGUAAAGCGGGGCUGUGACUCCUCCCCCUCCACCCAACGUAAAACAGGAGUAAAAUAAGCAAUCAGUAACCCCACUUAAAAUGCAGCAUGAGACACUGCACACUGAUAUAGUUCUGUGAAAAUGAUUGUCUUCUGUGCAAAUGUAAAGAAAGUGAACAGUGUGUGAUUUACUGCAAUACUGUCAGUCUUUUAACUUUUUAUUUGUGCUUUGUUGAAAUUGUUCACACAUUGCACAGCUUUUAUUUUUCUAUCAAUACACAUUAUGUCUAGAAGACAGGAAGUAACUCAACACUCUUGAAUAGUUUCUACCUCAGUUUGUAUGGUUUGUUGGGUUAGCACAGGAUUAAUAUGUGGAAAUGACAAAUGAGGUAGUUGAUACAUAGAAUAGUUUUUAUUCAUGCUUUAUUUAGUUUUUUGUUCAAUCCUAGAUGGGUUGUGACUUAAAGUUUAAUUGCUUUGUAGAAACACUGAGAUUAAGUCUAAGUUCAUUGUGUUCUUCAAGGUGUUUUUGAAAAUGCACCAUUUUCUU